GGGCCGCGGACCGGAGGGGCCCGAGCGGCGGCUGCCGAGCCCUAGCCGGAGCUGGGCGAGGGCGGCUGCGGUCCCGGCGGCGGCGGGAGAAGAUGGUGGCGCUGGAGGUAGGAGCGGCUGGAGCGGAGCUUUAUUCCCAGGCUUGGCACCAGCGCUGUCAUUAGCACCGCCUGCUCCCGCGGGCCCGCGGACCCAGCUGUCAGGCAAGACGCGCGGAGCAAAAUGAGAGCGCAGUGAGCCGGCCCAGCCUCGCUCCCAGCCCGCCCGACGCCCACCAUGAACCACUUGGAGGGCUCCGCGGAGGUGGAGGUGACCGAUGAGGCGGCAGGCGGGGAGGUGAAUGAGUCGGUGGAGGCCGACCUGGAGCACCCCGAGGUGGACGAGGAGCAGCGGCAGCGGCGGCCGCCGCAGCAGCGCUAUGCGGGACGCCCCGGGCGCGGGCGCGCCGUCGACGACCUCCGCGCCCCGCCGGGGCCUCAGGAGGAGGAGGAGCGAGGGGAGUGCCUGGCGCGCUCGGCCAGCACGGAGAGCGGCUUCCACAACCACACGGACACGGCCGAGGGCGACGUGAUCGCCGCGGCCCGCGACGGCUACGACGCGGAGCGCGCGCAGGACCCCGAAGACGAGAGCGCCUACGCCGUGCAGUACCGGCCCGAGGCCGAGGAGUACACGGAGCAGGCGGAGGCCGAGCACGCCGAGGCCACGCACCGCCGCGCGCUGCCCAACCACCUGCACUUCCACUCGCUGGAGCACGAGGAGGCGAUGAACGCCGCCUACUCGGGCUACGUGUACACGCACCGGCUGUUCCACCGCGGCGAGGACGAGCCCUACGCCGAGCCCUACGCCGACUACGGGGGCCUCCAGGAGCACGUGUACGAGGAGAUCGGGGACGCGCCCGAGCUGGAGGCGCGCGACGGGCUGCGGCUGUACGAGCAGGAGCGCGACGAGGCCGCCGCGUACCGCCAGGAGGCCCUGGGCGCGCGACUGCACCACUAUGACGAGCGCUCGGACGGCGAGUCCGACAGCCCCGAGAAGGAGGCCGAGUUCGCGCCCUACCCGCGCAUGGACAGCUACGAGCAGGAGGAGGACAUCGACCAGAUCGUGGCCGAGGUCAAGCAGAGCAUGAGCUCGCAGAGCCUCGACAAGGCGGCCGAGGACAUGCCCGAGGCCGAGCAGGACCUGGAGCGCGCCCCCACCCCGGGCGGGGGCCGCCCCGACAGCCCCGGGCAGCAGGCGCCGGCGGCGGGGCAGCAGCGGCCGGCGGGCACGGCGGGAGGCGAGGCGGGCCAGCGGUACAGCAAGGAGAAAAGGGACGCCAUCUCGCUGGCCAUCAAGGACAUCAAAGAGGCCAUCGAGGAGGUGAAAACCAGGACCAUCCGUUCGCCUUACACGCCCGACGAGCCCAAAGAGCCCAUCUGGGUCAUGCGCCAGGACAUUAGCCCCACGAGGGAUUGUGACGACCAGAGGCCGGUGGAUGGAGAUUCUCCGUCUCCUGGCAGUUCCUCCCCGCUGGGUGCAGAGUCCUCGAGCACAGCCCUCCACCCCAGCGACCCCAUGGAGGCCUCCUCCAAUAAAGAGUCAAGAAAAAGCUUGGCUUCAUUUCCCACCUACGUUGAAGUUCCUGGACCCUGUGACCCCGAGGACUUGAUCGAUGGGAUCAUUUUUGCUGCCAAUUACCUUGGUUCCACCCAGCUGCUGUCGGACAAAACCCCCUCCAAAAACGUGCGCAUGAUGCAGGCCCAGGAAGCCGUGAGCAGGAUCAAGAUGGCCCAGAAAUUAGCCAAAAGCAGAAAGAAGGCUCCUGAAGGUGAAUCUCAGCCAAUGACCGAGGUGGAUCUCUUCAUUUCUACUCAGAGAAUCAAAGUACUGAAUGCCGACACACAGGAGACGAUGAUGGACCACCCUCUGAGGACCAUUUCCUAUAUAGCAGACAUCGGGAACAUCGUCGUGCUGAUGGCCCGCAGGCGGAUGCCCCGCUCCAACUCCCAGGAGAACGUGGAAGCCUCCCACCCAUCCCAGGAUGGAAAAAGGCAGUACAAGAUGAUCUGCCACGUAUUUGAGUCUGAGGAUGCCCAGCUGAUCGCACAGUCCAUUGGGCAGGCGUUCAGCGUGGCAUACCAGGAAUUCCUCAGAGCUAACGGGAUCAACCCUGAAGAUCUCAGCCAGAAGGAGUAUAGUGACCUGCUCAACACCCAGGACAUGUACAACGAUGACCUGAUCCACUUCUCCAAGUCGGAAAACUGCAAAGAUGUCUUCAUAGAGAAGCAGAAAGGAGAAAUCCUAGGUGUGGUCAUCGUGGAGUCUGGCUGGGGAUCCAUCUUGCCAACCGUGAUCAUAGCCAACAUGAUGCACGGAGGGCCUGCCGAGAAAUCAGGGAAGCUGAACAUCGGGGACCAGAUCAUGUCCAUAAACGGCACCAGCCUGGUGGGCUUGCCUCUGUCCACCUGCCAGAGCAUCAUUAAGGGCCUGAAGAACCAGCCCCGGGUGAAGCUGAACAUCGUGAGGUGUCCGCCAGUGACCACCGUGUUGAUCAGGAGACCGGACCUGCGCUACCAGCUGGGUUUCAGUGUCCAGAACGGAAUCAUCUGCAGCCUCAUGCGAGGGGGGAUAGCGGAGAGAGGCGGCGUCCGCGUGGGACACCGGAUCAUUGAGAUCAACGGGCAGAGCGUGGUGGCCACGCCACACGAGAAGAUCGUCCACAUCCUCUCCAAUGCGGUGGGGGAGAUCCACAUGAAGACGAUGCCAGCGGCCAUGUACAGACUGCUGACGGCCCAGGAGCAGCCCGUUUACAUCUGAGGCCGCGCGCCUGCCUGGCCGCUUGCAUGGAGGCCUGUCCUCACUCGUGGUGUGUUUCUCGUGCUGCAUCUGUGUGCCCACCGAGACCCUUCCCUCUCACGCCCAGCACCGGUUCUCUACAGAAGAGAAGAAGCCGCAGACCUCUUUGCCCUGUCUCUCUCUGGUUUGCAAUUUUGUUUUCUUUUGUUUUUUAAACGCCAGGGACGUUUUGUCUGCGCUCACUUGAGGAUAGAGAGCAGCCGCUAGCCACCGGGUCCUGGCCCAGGCCGGCACCGUCCUGAAGGGCCCUCGGGGGUUCCGAGGGAGGCCGUCACUGCGCAAGGGCAGUGAGUCCGGCCGCGGUUCCUGGCUCUCCGUCGGGCUGACAGCAGGCACCAGCUGCGUCUUCAAGGGUUUGCCCGGCCCACCGUGGACCAGGGGCACCCCACAGCUCCACCCAGAAUUUCUGAGCCAACCUUAGGCCUCUUCUAGAGCUGGUUUUAGUUUCCACAUCGUUUUGUUUUGUUUUGUUUUGUUUUUAACGUGAGCCUUCUCACCCAAGGGUAGAAGGGGAGCUGCCUGGGACCAGGGCACCAUCUCGUUGCAGAGAGCUCAGCGGUUCCUGGGGCGGCCUGGGCCUCCCUGGUCGUCCCGAGGUUACCAGCCAUCAGAUAGACAUGGCAGGUACUCCAGUCCCCCUUCUCUGCCGCACACGAUCACCCUCGCCUCCUCCCACCACCAGUGAGGCACACACAGUCCCUGGAAAGCCCACACCGCCGCUCUGUGAGGCCCCUUCCCCUGACCGGUGGGGCCUGCAGGGGCUGCCCAGCCCUGUCCUGAGAGAGACGCCCCCUCCGGGGCUGAGGCCUGGCUCUGCCACGGCACCGCCUUGGCUCAGAGAGCACUAGUGGGGGAGCUCCACACCCGCGCAGGGAGCCUGGGAAGGAUGGACUGCUCCCCUUGAGGAAGAGUGCCCGGGUGCCCAAGGCGGGACCAGCUUUCUCCUCUGCUCAGGGCCACUGAGGCAGCACGUAACAUUUGAAAGUCCAGCAUAGUAAUAAACCACAAAACUAAGGGAACAGGAAUGACCUCACGCUAUGCCUAAGAAUCCGCAAGUGUGUUCUAGAAACAUCAUCUCGCUGCCUCGUGGGUCUGAGAGAGCUUUGAGUGUUCCCAUCAGGUGCCUCAUUCCGUGGGUUCUGUCUCGGUUCAGUGCAGGUGUUUCCGUAAUAUUAUUCUGAGCCAGUUUUCACUUAUUCUUGGUCCAAAGAGCAUUUUGUUUUCAUGUAGGUGGGUGUGGGUCGGUUUGAUUUUCGUUUUGUUUCGUUCGUGACCUCAGCAGAGACAGGGGAAGAGAAACUAAUAUAUUUUGUGAUAUUAAUAGAGUCCCUGUUCUCUGCACCGGGGAUAUUUAUGUUGUGUCUUUGGAAACAGGAAUUUGACGAGCACAUGUUGGCUAGUAUGUAUUUAUAUGUCGAAUGGAGGGAUUUCGGGGAGGGAGGAAAGGGAGUAUAAAAAAACAGGAACAAAAGACCCCCCCCCUCCCCGGAGCGGGCAGUUCCCCUGGGAUUUCUGUACCUCCUGUUUUCUGCUGAGAGUCAGGAGAGCCGAAUGUUCCAAAGGUGUCAGUGGCUGACCCUUCAGUUUGACGAUAGUACAAGCCCUAAGGAAGAGGGGUCACUGUUGCCCGAACAUCCUCUCUGGGAAGGGGCUGCCCCCUCUCCAGGGGUGCCGGGGUAGACGGUCCAGGACCCCUGGUCUUUUUGAGGAUGCUCAGCCCCAGCGGCUGGCUUACCACACCUGUGAGCAGCCAGAAUCAUGGCUCCAGAUUCUCCGUUUAUAUAUAUAAAUAUAUUAAGUCCUAAAGAGUCAUGCAUUGGUCCUUCCUCUGCCAAAAAGAGUGGGUAAAAUAGGAACAAAGCAUUACUGGUGGUAUUUUAGGCAUCAGGAGCCUUGGCAAAUCAUGGGAGGGGCUCAGGCCUGUCUGCCUGCUGCCUGAGCACCUGGACAGAGGCCUGUCCACAAUGGGCCGGCAGACGGGGGACCCCCCCCCCCCAGCCCAGCACUGUGCAGCCUCCCCAUAAUUACAAUUAAGUAUCUUCACCCAAAGGAGAGGGGAAAGCGAGCAUCAAUUCUGUUGCUAUGGCACAAAAAUCUUGGAACAUUUGGCAACGUUCACCAGAAAAGCCAAUCUGGUGGGCUCUCCGGAAAGACCAACAUAUUUUAGCCUAAGAGGAAGGUUCUUUAUCCACCACUUACCUUCUGUCAGUCCAAGCGGCUCCUCACACCCCGAUAGCGCAUGUUCCUGGAGCUCGGUCUGGGUUUGGCUGGCUGGAGUCCGUUCCUUCCCCUGCUCCCAUCGGAUGGAGGGGCCUCACCCACCUUUGGUUAACCAAGGAGGUGGGGUCUUAUGUGUCAGUAACCUGUUUGGGAAAAUCCCGUGGGACGAGGUGGUCUCUUUCCUUCUGGCAUCCCAGUAUAUAUAGUUAUAUAUGUAAAUACCCGAACACCCCCAUCUCACGGGGAAGACUGUACAGAGCAGCCUUCCCAAACAGGGCCCGGGCGAAAAGCCACUCUUGCUGCUUGGCUGGGACAUGCUGGUGACUCAGCUUUGGGGACAGAUACUCAGAUUUGUCUGCCCCUCCUGGUCCGGGCAGGAUGCACCAGAACGCACCCUGUCUCUGCCUUCUCACCUGGGAGCAUUUCAGGGAGCCACCAUCAGCCUUGGGUUCGCGAGAGGAGGAAACCCCCAGAGACCAAGACCCGGCGUCCGCUCCCUCACCAGAGCGGGCCCCUCAGGGCAUCCUGAGCCUGCCGCGGGCCGCCCCCCCCCCCCCCAAAGCCCACCACAGGGCACCGGACGCCGAGCCUCCGCGCGCAGGUCUGCUGUCUGGACACUGCCCGUCUACACUGGCCUCAGAGAGUCCCAGAGUAACCUACUACCUCCCCCAUCACUCCUGCCGCCCCCCAGGCCCCCAUUUGCACUCCACACCCCCACCUGCACGCUGAGGAAACCCAUCCAUGAGCCCCUCUUGGGUCCCUCGACCCAGUGGUGUGGCUGUUACCACUGUUUACAACCAAGGGCCACCUCCUUUCAGAUAUGUUUACGCUCCCACGGACACAGCCACUGGCUGGUUUGAGUUUCGCGUCCGUCGGCUCCUUCCCCAGUUUGGGCCAACUAGGGCACACGACCCGAUUCUUUGCCCCCCUCUGUCAAGGCAGUGCGUGCGUGAGGACCACGUGGGAAGGAAAUGUCUUGUACAUAGUCAGCACAGCCCCUGGAGUAUGAACUUGUACUAUUGUUCUGUAAAGAGGGUGAAAUAGAGCUUAUUGUAAAGCUUGGGACAAGUAGAGUAUUGUAUUUGUAACAAUAUCGUUCUUUGUAUACACAAAACUCAAUGAUCUCUAUAUAUAAAUAUAAAUUAUAUAAAUAAAAUAUAUACACACGUGAGCCUGGAAUGUUGGCGCCACACACCCACUGAAUGUACUUCCUCCGGCAGCCUGGUCACUGGGCCCGGCCGCCCUCCCCUCCUCUGUACCGUUUUGGGGGUUGUGAUGUAUUCGGUGUGUUCUCUUCCUUUAUUUAACUGAACGCUAAUGUCUGUAAGAGUUGCUGCAACAAUAAAUAAGAACUUCACCUCUUG